AUGGCAUUCAGGCCGGAAGAGUUGGCGCUUGACACACCACCCGUCAUCUUCGAGGAUGCCAGUCACAGCAGCGGCAACACACACACCACCCCAACAAAGGCAACAUGGCGACCCUUGUACCGCCACGAGUGUGCGUUUGGACCUCCGGUGUUUGACAGUGUCAUGGACAACUUGAUCCGAAAUCCAAACAUCAACUCGACAUGGCUUUUCCGUGCGGAUAUCCUGCACGACGCACAGGAUGGUCCCGCCAACCCGGCAACCCCAGCCGACGAGGCUGAUAGCCUGGCCUUCGUGGCCGACAUUCCCUCCUUUGUCGGGUUUGAGCUCCAGCGGCAUGUCAUCCGCAAGCUUAUACCAAGAAACACCCUCAGAGACAAGCCUCUUGACCAGACAUGCCUCAUCUACAAGAGCAACCCUGGUGGGGAGGCUGUUGAGCGGACUCUCGUCAUCUAUCUCCCGCAUGUAUCCACGCCCUCGGAUAUGCCCUUCUACCACCCAGUAGUCAAGGGCAUAGCAUUUGUUCAUGAAUGGACGCCGGCAGAGUCCUGCGGGUCCAUCUCCCUCUCCUACCUCUUCUUUGACGAGCAGGACCGAACCGUUGACAAGCUCAUACGGACCGCUUUCCAGCUGCUCAUGGUCAUUCACAAGCACGGCAAGGGCCGGGUUCAGGGCUAUCAAAAGAGAGUCCAUCACGAUGUGUUGCUUCCUCAAGCGCGGGUGCAAGACACGUACACCAAGUUGAAACAAAAGCAUGCGAGAAGUCUCAUCAAGGGUUGGGCAGAGCAGACGGAUCCCGAAAAACACAUCUUUGAGGACAUUUGUAUCGCAGCUUUCAUGAUCGAGCUGUGGAGGGACAUGUAUGGCGAGGGACCGUUUCCUGGAUUCGUUGAUGUUGGCUGCGGGAAUGGACUGCUCGUCCACAUUCUAAAUCAAGAAGGGUUUUCCGGUUGGGGCUUCGAUGCUAGGUCACGAACGUCGUGGGCGUCGUACAGCACCAGAGUCAGGUCUUUGUCGGGGGAGGAGCAAGAUUCACUUCGUGAGCUGGUUUUGCUGCCGACAUAUGUCAGCAGAGGCGGGUCCGGUGAUGGCUUUGACGAACAAAAGGCCCAUGAUGGCGUCUUUCCAAAAGGGACAUUUAUCAUCUCCAACCACGCCGACGAGCUGACGCCUUGGACUCCUAUCCUUGCGGCUGUCUCCGACUGUCCGUUCAUUUCUAUCCCUUGCUGCAGCCAUGAUCUCAGCGGAAAGCUGUUCCGAGCAUCGCCACCAAAGGACAAGACCAAGGCCGACUCGACUUACUCCUCGUUCGUGGGAUGGGUGUCAGAGAUAGCAGCUGAAUGCGGCUGGGAGGUUGAGCAGGAAAUGCUCCGGAUCCCAUCUACACGCAACGCAGCGAUCGUUGGACGUAAGCGGACUGGAGAUAUCUCUUCGGUCGAUGUCCCAGCCUUGGUGCACAAAUACGGCGGCACCGCUGGUUACUUCGAUGCUGUGGUUCGACUGAUGAAGCAGCCACCGUCAACCCACGAGCACGAAGCCAGCGACACUGGCCCGUCGGUUGGGAAAAAGUCAAAGGGCAAAAAGCCGAAACAAAAACAGCACAAAGCCGGUUGA